GCAGAUUUGCUAUUGCAAACACCACACAGGGCGCAGCAAUCUCUUCUUGGAGGCAUCAAUUUGGAAAAUGAACAAAUAUACUUUUUUAUAUAUCCUGUGCAUUUUGUGUACGGUUCGUUUAACUACACCAUUCAAAGCAGAGCGGAGUUCCCAAGACAUCUUAAUCACUAGAAAAUUGCAAUCCAAAAGGCAGAUUUGUCAAGAUGGCACUUACCAGCAUGAGGGAAUGGAAUGCUGUCUCUGUGCGGCUGGCCAACAUCUGGAGAGCCACUGCAGUGUGAGCCCAGAGAAUGGGACCUGUGUUUACUGUGAGGAAGAUAGGACCUACAACAGUGACCCCAACUCCCUGGACUCCUGUGAGCCCUGCACUUCCUGUGACCCUAAAGCCAAUCUGGAGGUGGAGGAUAGAUGCACCAUCUACAAGGACUCAGUAUGUCGAUGCCAGCAGGGCCACUACUGUAACAAGGGGAAGGAGCACUGCAGGGCCUGCUACCCAUGUACCAUAUGCAGGGAAGAGGGCAUCAAGGUAGCCUGUAGCGCCACCAACAACACCAUAUGCCAUGCCUUCAAAGAAAAAGGAAGCCAUUUGGCAGCAGUAUUGGUCCCUGCUACUGUUCUUCUUGUCGCUUUGAUUGUGAUCAUUUGCCUGUGGCGAAAUAAUAAAUAUUGUUUUGGGCCAAAUGGUGGUUUGACAGAACUGCCCAACCGGAGUUCAGAGGAAAUGCAGCUACUGAGAGGUGUUAAUCUCUGGCCACACCUCCCAGACAUCGCUAAGACCUUGGGGUGGAAGGACAUGAAACAGGUGGCCGAGAGCAGUGGGAUGACGCAUACCACCAUAGAAUCCCACCAGCUGAACUUUCCCAAUGACUCCCAGGAGCAAUGCUCCAGCCUACUGAGGGCCUGGGUGGAGAAGGAGGGGAUGACCACAGCCUCUGAGACACUGGUCCAGACUCUACUCCGCAUGAAGAAAAAGGUCAAGGCAGAGGAUAUUGUGGCUAUCAUCAGCAACAAGGAGGAUGGCGUCACAGGAAAAAACUCAGGAUCCGGACAGGUGUAGAUACUGUAUGUACAGUAUGGUCAAACCACCGCCUUUAACCAUGGAAAGAUGACCGGGAAUAUGGCCAAAUAUAAACAGUGUAUUUCUUCCCUCCAGAAGGCAAUCAAACAUGUGAAAUGUCGUUAUAGGGACAAAGUGGAGUCGCAAUUCAACGGCUCAGACACAAGACGUAUGUGGCAGGGUCUACAGGCAAUUACGGACUACAAAAAGAAAACCAGCCACAUCAUGGACACCGACAUCUUUCUUCCAGACAAACUAAACCCCUUCUUUGCCCGCUUUGAAGAUAAUACAGUGCCACCGAUGAGGCCCGCUACCAGGGACUGCGGGCCCCCCCUCUCUUUUUCCGUGGCAGACAUGAGAAAGACAUUUAAACGUGUUAACCCUUGCAAGGCUGUUGGCCCAGACGGCAUCAGGAUGGUCACCAUUGUUCCUGGACUUUCAGGGUGUGUGCUCAGCCCCCUCCUGUACUCCCUGUUCACCCAUGACUGCUUGGCCAUGCACACCUCUAACUCAUAUCAUCAACUUUGCAG